AUGGCUAAUGGCAUCGGGGGUCGAAUUGCACGGGUACAAUUGGCGUUUCGUGCCGGAGCCGUUGCAUUUGGUACACACAGUACCUGGUAUGAAAGACAUGAGUUACGCGCCGGUAUUUAUGCACGAGAGGACAUGCGGAUCCAAUGUCCUAACCAAUCACUGAAUGCCAUCCGAAACCUCCUCUCUGAUUCACCAUCCUCUUGCUUCUUCCUGGUUCCAUCACCUCAAAUCUCGUUUAGCAAUAUUCGAAUUAUGGGCGAAAAUUCUCAGAAAACUCAAUGUCAGACUUGCUUCGCGGUCUUUGACAAACACCAAACCUUGCGCGACCAUGUAGACGCUUAUCAGCGCGAGGCUCAUGCCUUGAUGGCAAGGCUACGAGAGGUGCAAGCCCAUUUGCCUCCCCUUGAUGAGCAAAACCAGGCAUGUCAUGGCAGCCUCAAUGAGGACGAUCGGGACUUCGACGAUAAUGACGACGAAGACACCGACCGGGAUGACUUCGCCGACCUUGAUGGACUCAUUUGUCCGUAUCCGACUUGCGAUCGAAAGGAAGCAUUCAAAACAAAGCAGGCUCAAAUCCGACACUAUGAAACACAUGUUCCAUGUUACGAAAUCUGCGUCUUUUGCCGAGAUUCGUUCGUCCAAGUGCGCAAAUAUAUAGCACAUAUCUGCAAGGCAAAAGCCACGUCGUACGAUCAAUGGAGGGACCAGUACAGGAAAGAGCGCUGCACCCAGCUGCACCGGCAGGCAGCUGAAAAGCUAGACGAGAUGUUGGACCUUGACAGUAAGGCUCCCAGAAAGGAAGAUUCUCGUAAACGUGCACGAGACGCAGAGGAAAAGUGCGCGGACCAAGUACACACGUACAAGAGACUACGCACUGCUUACAGCGUCAGCGACGGGCAUGGUGAGCUGCGCUCAAAUCCCCGAUGCCAUCAAAUUCUGAUUUGA